CAUUUUAUAUUUAAAAACAUAGGAGGUGGCAAUACUCAAACUGAUAAGGUGCAAUCAAUUUUUGGUGACCAUUAUUUAAUACUAUACACAUAACCACAUCCGAAAACCCUUAUUUUUCAUCGUUAUUCUUUGUAGUAGGUUCUCGGCAAAAACUUUCUGCGUUACUUGUUGUUUAUCGUUAGCACUUAUUCAAAAAUAAUAACUUAGCGAUAAAAUAUUUUUAAACAGAAAAGGAUAUUAAAAUGAUUCGAAUGAAUGGUUUAAAACAAGUCACAUUUAUUACUUUGAGCAUGGUUUUUAUUUCUUUAUCAAUCCAAUCAUCUCCUCCUGUUACUACUUCAAAAGUUCAUGAAGGAAAUAUGUUUCAAAAGAAAUCCAGUGAGUCGAUAUUUGAAACGCAUUAUGAAGGUUCGCUUGCAGAACCGACUCACGAUCUUCAAAAUUCAUACGACGCAACAGUUAGCGAUGCUAUGGAGUUAUACUCUAUAUCAGCAAAACGUCUUGUUAUUGUUCAAGAAAAACCUGGUAGCAAAUCUUGGGAUCAUGAAUCAGAAUUAAUAAUUAACAAAAAACAGAGAAUAUACGGAAGAGAAAACCAGUUUGUUACUGAGACAGUUUCGUAUGGGCGAUUAAAGAUCAAGUCUGAACACACCAAGCAAUAUUUGUGUGUGAAAAAUGACGGAGUUAUUUCUUUUAAGGAAAAUGCUGAUGGUAGCAAAAACCACCGUUCACGAAAACGAUGUCUUUUCAAUAUGAAUCUUACUCAACUCAUGCAUGUUACAUUAUCCGUCGAUACCGGUAAAACAACCUGGUAUUUAACUGUAAAAGAUGAUGUUAUUUCUAUGACUGACAAUCUUCGAAGUAAUGAACUAGAACGAUCAUUCAUGUGGCUUCCAACGAAGAGUGGUACUAGUCUAGCUCCAUCAAGACUGAGAAGUUUUGAUGAAAAAUCUCGUACUGUUUGUGAUUCUUCCAAUAAGAGAAUAACCAAUCAAAUAAAAAAAAUUAAAGAACUUCAAAACGAAGUGAAUAAAUUAAAUGACGAAAUUGAAAAGAUGAAAUUGGAAAAUUUAAAAAAAAAUUAGUAGAGUAAAUGCGAAAAUAAAAAAAAGUUGUAAAUUUUCAUUGGGUGUAUCUUGUGAAUUGAUACGCCCACUAUGAAUGUCACAAGUCAGUAGACGACGUCGUCAUUCGGCGCAACAAAAUCCAUAUUGUGGGUUACAGCCAUUAUACAAAACUACAAAAUUAUUUAAAACGCAUUUUAAAAACAGUAUUGUAUCAUAUAUUUUAUAUUUAUUUUAUUA